AAAUUAGUGUCUUGUUGUUCCAUGUAGACAACAAAGCAGGUAUGAAGCAAGUAAAAUCAUUUUCCCAUAAUAUCUUUAUGGCAAUGUUUCAACCGUCAAAGACUUCACUAAGAAACUCUCAAGAACCUUCCUCACUCUUUCUUCUAUUCUAUACACUCUUUUCUAUCUUCCAUUUUCUCUAUUAUUAUUAAACCCUAUCUUUUCUUCUUCCUUCAUUAUUCUUCAUUUUCUCAUUUCUCUUCAUUACUCUUCACACCCCCUCCCAUUCAUUCACACACCCCUCCUUCUUUCUUCUCUUUUCUCUUUACUCUUUACACCCCCUUUCAUUCAGUCACACACCCCCUCCUCCUUUCAAAUGGAGAAAAACGAAGACCCAAUUCCCAAAUUCAACAAAGAAAAUUCAAACUCAAACCCACCUAACGAUUUCGAUUCAAAAAGUUUCAAUCUCAACGGCAAAAUCAUGCUCUGUGCAAUCGUUCUUCUCUUCUUCGUCAUCGUUGUAAUGCUUUGUCUCCAUGUUUACGCUCGUUGGUAUCUUAUGCAAUCUCGCCGCCGUCGUAACCGUCUCCGCCGUCGUACUCAGCUAGUUUUCUUCACCGAUAAUCCAACAACAACCACCGCGGUUUCUUCCGUCGUUACUUCACGUGGUCUUGAAGCUUCAGUUAUCGCCUCGCUUCCUUUGUUCUUCUAUGAUCCGAAAACUCAACCGGAGAAUUCAUCGGAAUGUGCUGUUUGUUUAUCGGAAUUUGAAUCCGGUGAAACGGGUCGGGUUUUACCGAAAUGUAAACAUAGUUUUCAUAUCGAGUGUAUUGAUAUGUGGUUUCAUUCUCAUUCCACGUGUCCACUUUGUCGUGCAGCGGUUGAACCCGCUUCGGAAUGUCAAACCCGACCCGAAUUUGUUAUAAAUGUUUGUGAACCGGAAAGUGGGUCGAGUUCGAGUUCCGGUUCGGGUUUAGAAGAUCAGAAUGAGAACCGAACCGGUAAAGAGGUUUGUUCGAGUUCGGUUGGGUUAAGGAGAAAACCGUCUUUUACGGGUGUGACAAUUGAGAUACCUUCGAGGAACGAGUUGUGUUGUGACUCGCCGUCAUCGACUCAGUCGUCGUUUCGUUCACCAAUGAGUAGGAUGUUGUCGUUUAAGAGGAUUCUUAGUAUGGAUUGGAAAGGAAGUGUUUCUCCUUCGUCGUAUGGCGGCGGUGGUUGUAGCUCGGUGGCUGAGUUAAAAGUAGAACAAGGUGAGCGAGUUGAGACUCAGUGAGUUAGUGAAUUGAGUUGAGUUGACUCGAAAGUGCUGACGUGGCGGGUUUUUUAAACACGGAACGUGCUUGAAGCGGUGAGUGGCGCGUGAGUGUGAAUAUGAGAAUUAGUUGAAAAUUGUAGAGAAUAGUAUGAAUGUGUAUUUUAAUUCAACAAAGAUAAUUCAAAUUCGUUGAUAUAA